AGAGAGUCCCCGUUUGCCACGCCCCGCCGCCCGCGCCCUAUAUCGUGCGUGAAGCUUCUCCGCCCCCAGCCCCAAACCUCCACCCCCUAUGCCCUUAGGGGGACACCCCCAUUGGGGCGGGAGAGUGGUCUGCCGUGCCCGGUCGACAAGUGGUGGAGAGGUGACGGUAACCGCCUUCCCAUUUCCGCCUGGCCGGCAGUGCGGUAGAGUGAAUGCCAGCAGAGGUCCUCCCUCCGCCCGCCUGCGCAGGGGCUGGCCUUGCUUCGCCGGCGCCUUUUCCCCCGCUGCACCGCGGAGCAGCUUCGCCACUCGGGCACCGCAGGUAGAGCAGGAGGCUGGAGCGCCUGCUGCCUGCUGCCCGUAAAAUGGUCACCUCGGCUGGACAGCUCACCCUGUUCGCGCUGGGUCUUUUGUUGGCUGUGUGCCAGGCCCUGGAGAACACCACAUCCGCCUUGAGCGCAGACCCGCCCAUGGCCGCAGCUGUGGUGUCUUAUUUUAAUGACUGCCCGGAUUCUCACAGUCAGUUUUGCUUCCACGGAACCUGCAGGUUUUUGGUGCAGGAGGACAAGCCAGCAUGUGUCUGCCAUUCUGGGUACGUCGGAGCGCGCUGUGAGCACGCGGACCUCCUGGCUGUGGUGGCCUCCAGCCAGAAGAAGCAGGCCAUCACUGCCUUAGUGGUGGUCUCCAUUGUGGCCCUGGCUGGCCUCAUCAUCACGUGUGUACUGAUUCAUUGCUGCCAGGUCCGAAAACACUGUGAGUGGUGCCGGGCACUCAUCUGCCGGCACGAGAAGCCCAGUGCCCUCCUGAAAGGAAGGACUGCUUGCUGCCACUCAGAAACAGUGGUUUGAAGAGCCCAGAGGAGUUCGGCCAGGUGGACUGCAGCAGCCCUGAUGAAGAAAGGACUUCUUCAGGAUGGCCCAACAAGAGAUGCCCGGGGUGUGCUGGCAGACCUUUCCACUCUGCCUGCGAUCACCUGUGCAGCCUUUCUGUCUUUGGUGGGCCUUCCUUCGAAACUCUGUCAAGAACUCUGUCUGCUUGGGGUUAUUCGGUGUAACCUAGAAAAAUCAGUAGACCACAAUUUAAAGACUGGUCAACAAGUCAACAAAGAACUGCAAAGGGUGGACUUCCUGUUUACCUAGAUAAGGUGUGUGCAUCAGUCAGCAUGUGUAUAGUUGUCUUCUGCCAUUCAUGGAUGCCAGGCUGUAUUUCUUUUUAAUGGGCCAUUUCCCCACAACAGUAUGCAUCCUGCCCAAAACCAGAGAUUCCUAUAGUUGUUACGGUUUUUUUCUCAUCCAUUUAUUGGGGAAGAAGGUGGAGAAAGGGUAACUGCUCAUUGUUAUGUGAAGAUGCCACAUUUAAAAAGAGCUGUGUCUGUCCUCUGUCCAUGAGACCAUCAACCAGCCCAUCGUCUUCCACAUACACAUGAUGUUGAAGACCCCAAGUCAUCACCACCCUUGGAGAUAAUUUAUUUGUUAGAUGGAUGGUUUUAUUUUUAAUCUCAAGACAAUGUAAAAAGCAUACAGCUCUUUAAGACUUCUACAUUAAUGAUGGACAUAUUGUUAGCUGCAAAAUUAUACUGAUUAAAAAUGUAUGACCUCUUUGGGACAGCUAAGGCUUAGGAAAAGCCACCCAGGAGGUACAGAGAUGGAAGCAGAGGAUGAGUUGCUGGCGGGAGCAAAAAGUGGGGUUCAAAGGUUGUGUCAUUUAAGACAAAGCAGAUAAAUGCCCCUGGAUACAUUCUGGUGGAAAAGUUAGCCAAUUUGACAGCAUAGAUGUCACCUCUGUCAGGGAAGAUUGGAAGAGAGUGCCUGUGUGUGCGUCUACACAGGUUAAACGCAGUACUUACUACACUGCUCCGCAAUUAAACAUCGACUCCCUAGUGAGCCCUCCAAGAGACUGUUUAGAAAAAGAGCAUUAGCAGAGAGCCAUGGGCAUUUGGGGCCACGUCCAUGAAAGAGGAACUGGUCAUUUAGUUUCCAUUUUGUGGCUUCAUUUAUUUGUUGCUUUAUUUUCAAAGGGAGAAACUUAACUUUCCUAUUUAUUUUCAAGCAUGAAGAGAAAUAUUCCAGUGAUUUUUUUUUUUUUCUCAUUCAGGAUGCUGCUUUUAUUAACAAAAACUCUAAGAAACCACCUCUACCAUGUGGGUCUUACUUUCCCCUCAGAGAAGGGAGGAAUUGUUCUCUUGGGCAUCUGGGCCUCUCUGACCCAUUGGCCGGGCUGCUGAGAAAGACUGGUUUCCUCCAACUAGGCAGUGGGAGCUCAUCCCUAGGAUCAUUAAAAUUUGGAAACAGAAUAAUAAUGAAAUAAUAUAUGAACUCUUUAUGUGAGGGAACUCUUUCUUCACUAAUAUUUGGAAAAAAAUUAAAGAUUUCCGUACAUUGCACUCCUUGCAUUGUGAAAUCGACCUUUAAAAUAUGUCAAGUUGGCUUGAAAUUUCUAUCAGGUAGUUUCGUUCUCCCCUAGUUCUUCCCCAGUCUGUCUAUUUCAAUGACUUUUCUCUUCCUUUCUUACAACUGAGACAAUUACAUGACCCAUGUCUUAAACUUUGGCACUUUUUUUGACUCAUGCUAUACCCGAAGCACAGAGCAGAAAUGGGAGCUGUUCACCAGCUGGCCACCUAACCAUGUAACUGACACAGCUCCCACAUUUUAAUUACAAAAGAAAACAGGUUUAGGUUUACAUUUCUUGGCCCAGUCCUACAGCAACAGGUAUGUGGGGCUAAGGCCGACUACAGCAUCUCACUCAGAGACCAAUCCGAUUGACGCUGGUUUACAGACCCCAGUUUGCAUUCACUUUUCCCAUCAGACUCUCCUGAAAGUCUGAGAUUCUGAUUUAGACAGAUUAAUGAAAGUGGAGUAGUGUCAAUUGUUUUUAACGUGAGGUCACAUUUUUACUUUAGGACAAUCUUUCCUCAGUCUUUUAGAGACUCUUUGACGUCUGAUUGCCUUUAAAGAAUAUGAACUGUUGUGAAGAAGUCUUAUGAGCUUUCUUCACCUAACAGAUAGAAGGAUCAGUGUCCAGUCAUUAGCAUCCAAGAGCUUUUGCAGAGGUGCAAGAAGAUGCAGAUGGAAGCAGAGGGAGCCUUCUUGGUUCCCUGUGGGGACUUCAUGUUUAGUGACUGUGAAUGCUCUGGUCCUCAGGACCAGGAAGUCACAGUUACCAGUGCCCCUUCCUUGUGACUAUACAACCAUGCAGUGAACAGGCUCAAAUGUGUGCUUCACUAGAAGUGCCUAUCGGAUCAGUUCUCUGUAAACCAGAAGGUCUGAAAAAGAGUUGGAAGCAGAGGCUGGAGUCAAGGCAGGGGUGGUUGGACCUUUAUCCAUGCCCUAGGAUAUGACAGCCUUGUUUCUUUGGUGAUUUCUCUUCUAGAAAUCAGAUGGCCAACAAGCUUUGGAUUCCUGUGCCAUUUCAUAGCAUUGGUACUUCUUUGUUUAGCUAUAAAAAUAUCCUCUUUUCAGAUUAAAAAUGCAUUUGUAAUCCAUGUCUGCAGGUUCGUUAUGUAACGAUUAGGGAAUCAUUCCCAAGACCUGACCUGAUAGGCAGCCACAUCUGGGAGCAGGGAACACAGCUGUUUCCAAUAUCUGUCUCAGGAGAAAUGAAAAGACUUUUUUUUAAGGGAGGAGGCACUUUUACACUAAUUAUGGAGCCUGGAUUCUCCCACUGUUCUACAGGCCAUGACUUCUUUAAACAUACUGGCAGGAAACUUUUUCUUCUAGAUGAAAUGAUAUACAGCAGCCAAUCGUGAUCUGGAAAACAAGUCUGGACACACAUGGGAGAAAGCAAGAUGUGAGCUUGCCAUUGUGUGGUAGCAGAGGAGGUGGGCAGAAUGUCCUCGGAGUUUAUUUUCCUGAGAAAAGAGAGGGAGGUGGGAUUGACACUCCUCCACCUACAUUGGCGAGGGAGGAGAAGAUGUGGUUCUAGAACUUCUUGGGAGAUUGUUCUCUGCAGAUGGAGAAAAGUGGCAUCUUCAGCCAGGUCUCGCAGGGCCAGAUUGUCUCAGUGCACACAGGCAGCUGGUUGCUUUUCCAGGCAAUUUUGGCAGAAAUGGGUCAGCCAGCCUCCAGCACUGCUCAGGGGACCCUGACCCCUUAUUUUCCCUUAGUAGGAUCUGGAUUUUGACUUCUCCCAACCUGCUCAGUGAGGACGGGGGAUGAUUUAAAAGCCCAAGGCCAAAGGGGACAUCACAGAAACAGGCAAACAUCUAUGUUUGUUCUUAAUGUUCUAACAUAAGACCUGUUCUCCGCAGCCCCUGAUUUUACCAGGCUUUCUGAAAGAUCUGGUGGUAAGCACACACACACGGUACUGAAAAGUGACCCCUCUUUCUAGUGUAAUAAGUGACUGAAGCGUUAAACUUUUCAUUAUCUUUAUUAUAACAAACCUGAUGCUUUUUUUUAGAACUUGUUACUCUGACUUCUGUAUAUGUUGCACUGAAAAGGUUAAUAUUUAAUGUUUUAAUUUAUUUUGUGUGGUAAGUUAAUUUUGAUUUCUGUACUGCGUUAAUGUGAUUAGCGGUUCUUUUCCUUGAUAUCUGAAUUAUACAUAUUUAAAGAGUAGUGAGCAAUGUAAAAUGCAGUUGUAUUUUUCAGUAAUAUGCAUUGUUAUUCAGUUGUACUGUACCUUGUUUGGAAGGAUGAAGGAAUGAACUCUUUUUCCUAAAUCAA